GCUCAGAAGAUGAGGAUGAAGAGAGUCUGGCUGAGUUCACACCCGAGCCAAUACUGGAACCCAUUGAUCGUUACUCUGCUAGACCCCUACCCCUUAGGAUUGGUACCCCUGCCUUCUUUCAAGAGGAUGAUGUGGUUUUGGGAGAAUAUGCAUCAGAGGAAGAUGCUGCUGGAGGCUUGUAUGAUUCAGAUGAAGAGUCGGACACUGAAGAGGAAGAUGACACAACAAGUGUAAUGGAAUAUGAUAGCGAGUUUACUGACGUUGAGGGAGAGGCCAAAGCAAAGAAAUCCGAUGAAGACCUGUUUGGUUCAGAGUCUGAGAGUGAAGGUGGUGGCGGGUUGUUUGACAGUGAAGAUGAGACACGACCAAAGAAGAAGUCAAAGUCCAAUCGGUUGAAGGAGGACAGUGAGGAUGAGUCUGAGGAUGAUGAUGAUAGUGAGGAGGAGAGUGAAGAGGAAUCUGAAGAAGAAACGGAAGAAGAAGAAGAAGAGGUAAAGACUGAUUUCCAAGCUGAAUUGGCUUCAAAGCUUUUCGGUAAGAGAGUAGGAGGUCUUGAUGAUGAUGAAGAGGAAGAAGAUGAGGACAGUGAAGAGGAGGAGGAGGAGGAGGGAACUGGGAGUGGUCUAUUCAGUAGCACUCGUAAAGGAGGAGGGGGACUGUUCGGAGGAGACGACGAUGAGGAGGAGGAGGAGCAAGAGAGGCGUGACCGAGCGGAGUCUAAUGUCUCGUCGACCGGGAGUGGGAAGAGAAAGAAGAAGCUUCCAUCAGGAGCAGUACCAUUGUUUGGAGGAGGAGGAGGGCUCUUUGGAGGAGAAGAUCUGGAGGAAGAGGAAGAGAAAGAGGAGGAAGAAAUUACUAAGAAAUCAAAGAAGAAGAAACGUGAUGGAAGUGGUAAAAAGAAGAAAAGGGACAAGAGAGCGAGUGAGAGUGAAGAGACAAAGCCUCCAGCUGGUAAAAAGGAGCCAAACCUGUUUGGAGAUGACAAUGAAGAGGAAGACGAUUGGAUGACAGAAAGCACCACAAAGAAAGAAAAAGAAACAGCUAAGAAGAAACCUCCACCCACUGGAGGGGAUCUUUUCAGUACUCUUGACGAUGAUGAAGAGCCUUCAGGUGGUCUGUUUG